AAUCCACAAAAUGGGCACUUAUUAGAGAAUGUUGUCAACUUGAGCAUGCACACUUCACUCACCUCUGUAUUGCAUAACACUGAAGCCUGCAGCCUGGACACUCAGCUACCAGAUACAGAUACACUUUAUCCUGCUUCCUGCUGUCAUGGCUCGCUGUGAAGUGCUAGGCCUGUACAGACGACUACUGAGACUCCACCAGAGACUACCAGGGGACUUUGGACCCCUCGGCAGCAGGUUUGUCCAGCAAGAGUUCAAAGGUCAUAAAGGAGCAUCGUCCGAACAUGCAAGACUGUUUCUAAGAGAGUGGACAGACUUUGCUGAGACACUAGAUGAACAGUUGCAGACCUCCUCCACUCCUGGUCCCAGCACUGUCAGAGCCACCACCACUGUAGGUCAUGGCCUCUCACAGAAGGAGCUUAACUUGCUUAAUGAACAGCAGCUGCUGCAAUUGUUUGAACUGUUCAAAGAGACUAAAAAACCUACUGAACCAAAUAGAUAGCAUUAAUUACUAUAUUGUCAUUUCACUUUCAGUUGUACAUAAUUAUAAUAUAA